AUGCAGAACGUCCAAUCCUUCCGCAUAACCGACGCCUUGCGCUGCACCCUGCUCAACGCGCCCAGGGGGCCGAACCUGGCUUGUCCUCGCCCAACCGUGGCCGGCAGCGACCGGCCAUACAUGCAGAGCGCCCGACUGUGGCGAAAUGCAGUAAUGCAGCCCAGAAACCGGCUGGCCGUGGCUCAUUGGCAGGGUGCUCGGCUGACCGGGUUAGUCUCUGCCCGUACCCGGGCCGGACACCGGGCGUGGGAUAUAGACGGCCUUUACCUCCCGGCGGAAAACUUAACGGAACGCCCCUGCAGCUACAACGACAAUGGCUUUCCAGCCAGUGACGCAACGGGACAUCAUGGAUUGGACGAGGCCGCAACAGAUUCCCUGUCAUUGCUUGAAGAGUUGUUCCAGUCGGCAGGGGAACGUUCCGCCGAGCGUAUAUUUGUAAGAUUAGCUUCGAACUGUCCCGCCAUUUCACUGGCCAGGCGUAGCGGUUUUGUAGCCUGUUUUAGCGAGUCGCUGCUGGAAGGCGCUGGCCCCGGAAUAGGCAACGGUUCAGCGUCCCCGCCAAAGAGGUCCAAUUCCGACGACCUGAUGCGGCUCCGGUUGCCCGCCGACAAUUACGGCCUGUUCCAACUGUAUUGCGCCAGUACGCCGGUAAGGGUCCGGCAAAUGCUGUGGCUCACCUUCGAUCAGUGGCUGGAUGCGCGGGACGCAGAUUGCAGCCGGCUGGCAGCGGGCCGGCAUCAGGAGUGGGUCGCCGAGCAUAAGGACAGAAUAAUUGGCUGGGUCAAGGUAACAGGCAGGGGUGGAACCUCAGAAGCGGAAGUGAUGGCCCAUCCGGACCGCCCCGAUCUACUGUUUGAGUUGAUAGACUUUGCCCUGGCCCGCGCGCCGCGUCUGCGGUGGCUGGUGCCUGACUACCAGGGACCGGUCAGCGACAGGCUGGCGGCUCGAGGCUUCCGGCAAGUAGCCGACUUUACGAUGCUGGUCAAAAUGGUGGCCGUUCCGGCUGUGCGUUACGGAAUGGCAACGGUGGAGGCGUGA